AUGCUCCAGUGGGCGAAAGAGAACUUAGAAAUAAAACGAAUCAAGUCAGCAGAUUUACCUAUAGAAGAUUUCCGCAACAGCGUCGACUUGGAAAACCCAACCCCUGCCCAGAUAGAAAACCUCAAAAACAUAACUUGUCAUUUCGCCACAAUCCGCCCCGGCGAUCUUCUUUACAUUCCAGCUCUUUGGUGGCAUCAAGUUUCUGCUCUGUCGCACGGACUUUCUAUUAACAUCUUCUGGGGCGAAAAAGGCGACAACAACUUUACGAAGAAGGUGCUUACCGAGCCGACACUGACUGCUUUCAAAUACUGGAUGUUGAACGUCGUCGAGCAAAAUAAGAAACAUUCUUCGUGGACGCGCAUUCUCGCUCGUUUCCCGAAAGUGCUCGAGAAUUUCUUGCUGAAGCAGUGGCACGAGUACCCCACCGACGAACAGAUCGAAACCAUCAAACGGUUCGUGAUGCAGCAUUUGAAGAUCACAAUACUGCCAGCUUUAGAAGCCAACCCGCCGAAAAAUCCGCCGCCGCUGAAGAUUCGGGGCUUGCUUCAUCGGGAUAGAGGACAAGGACAGGAGAAAAAGAAAAAAGCAGUACCACGAAAGCUGAAGAGGACCAAGGAAGAAAACCUAGCACUCGUGGCAAAGAAGAAAAAGUUUCAGUUAACUUAUUAUCAUGAGGACACCGACGACAGCGCUCCUCUCUAA